CAUGAAUUAAAGGAACAGUUCACCCCAAAAUCAAAAGUGCAUACACUGCUCAAAAAAUAAGGGAACACUUAAUGGUGACAGUGUAACACCAAAAUCAAUUAAACUAAAGGGAUAUCAAUCCGUCCAUUUAGGAAGCACAAGUGAUUGUGAAUCAGUUUCAGCUGUUUAGGUACAAAUUAAAGUGACAACAGGUGCAAUGGAGAGGCAAAGGCAAGACAACCUCCAAAAAAGGAAUGGUUUUACAUGUGGUGGCCACAGACAGUUGCUCUCUCCUUAUCCCUCCUGACUGAUUCUUCUCUAGUUUUGUCUGCUAGUGUCCUUGUCACUGCAUGAGGCAGUACCUGCAGCCCAAUCAGGUUGCACAGGUAGUCCAGCUCCUCCAGGAUGACACAUCCAUAGGUGCAAGAAGAGCACAGUCUUAAGAGCAUGAAGGAGAUACCAGGAGAUGGGCCAUUACACAAGGAGAGCUGGACACGGCCGUAGAAAGGCAUCAACCCAGCAGCAGGACCAGUAUCUGCUCCUUUGUGUGAGGAGGAACAAGAGGAGCACUGCAAGAGCCCUGCAAAAUGAGCUCCAGCAGGCUACUGGUGUGCAUGUUUUGGACCAAACUGUCAGAAACAGACUCCACAAGGGUGGCAUGAGGGCCCGAUGUCCCCUAGUGUGACCUGUGGUCACAGCCCAGCACCGUGCAGUUCAAUUAACAUUCAUCAGAGAACACCAGAAUUGGCAGGUCUGCCACUGGUGCCCCGUUCUCUUCACAGAUGAGAGCAUGUUCACACUGAGCACAUGUGACAGGCGUGGUGACAGUAUGCUGCCUGUAACAUAAUCCAGCAUUAGUGGUUUGGCAGUGGGUGAGUGAUGGUCUGGGGAGGCAUAUCCUUGGAGGGUCGCACAGACCUCCAUGUCAUAGCCAACAGUACCCUGACUGGUGUUAGGCACCUGGAUGAAACCCUCAAAGUGAUUGUCAGACUUUACGCUGGUGCAGUGGGUCCUGGGUUCCUCCUGAUGCAGGACGAUACCCAGCCUCAUGAGGGAUGAUGAAGGCACUGAUGCCAUUGACUGGUUCUCUAGUUCCUCUGACCUAAAUCCAAUUGAGCACCUAUGGGACUUUAUGUAUUGUGCAUCCGAUGCCACCAAGUACCACCACAGACUGUCCAGGAGCUCACUGAUGCCCUGAUCCAGGUCUGCCAGAGCUCUACAAAAUGACCUCCAGUGGGCUACUUGUGUGCAUGUUUCUGACCAAACUGUCAGAAGGCAGACAUCUCUACAGCCGAACUGUCCCUUUAACGCCCAGUUUCCAUUAUUUCUUGCUUUAACAAGUCAACCAUUUGAGUUACUGACUAAAGUCAGGUGGUUAAACAUUUAUUUUGACCUGAGCCUUAAUAAGAAAAGUCUACCUGAGUUUGGCCCACACGUCAUCUGCUGAGUGAAAAUGGUGGAAUUUGGAGAGAUUCUGAGAACUAUCGGCGACUUUGGAUUCUUCCAGAAGCUCAUUCUUUCUGGGAUAACCUUACCAAACAUAUUACUGCCCAUUUUAUUUUCUAGUUUUCUUUUUAUUGAGUCAGAUCCAGAGCGACACUGUAACACAGACUGGAUCCUGCAGGCUGACUCUAACCUGACCACAGACGAGCAGCUGAACCUGACUCUGCCUAGGGAAGAGGAUGGAACCUUCAGCAAGUGUCGGAUGUUUGUCCCUGUGGACCGGGACAUUGGUGCCAUCAGGGAGUACGGACUCAAUGAGACCACAGGGUGCCAGAAUGGAUGGGUUUAUUACAACACGCUAUACGAGGCCACCAUAGUCACUGAUUUUGAUCUCGUCUGUGAAAAAUCUAACAUGGCUCACGUUGUGCAGACAGUCUUUAUGGCUGGUUUACUUGCUGGUUCAUUCAUCUUUGGACCCUCAGCAGAAUCGCACGGCCGGAGGAGAGCAACCCAGAUACCAGCCGUAAUUCUGCUGAUAUUCAUCAUAGUUGCGGGCGUGUCUCCAAAUUUGUACGUUUACAUAGUGUCACAGUUUAUAGUUGGAGCUGCACUCGGAGGAUACAGAAUUAACUCCACUGUAUUGGCUACAGAGUGGAUUGGGAUCACCAAGAGGUCCUUUGCCUCCUGUAUGAGCCAGAUGUUUGCAGCUGUUGGACAGUGUGUCAUGGCUGGUCUGAUCUAUGUCAUCCGUGACUGGAGAGUGGCGCAGUAUGUCAUGGCAGGAGCACAGGCCUUUGUAUUGCUGUACAUAUGGUGGAUUCCUGAAUCUGCACGGUGGUUGCUUGGACGGGGCAGAACCGAAGAAGCGAAUAUGUUGAUACGUCGAGUUGCAGCAAUCAAUAAAAAGCAAAUCCCAGACAAUCUGCUGGACGAGAUCACUGGGGACCGAGAAGUCAAAAGUGGAGGACUCAAAGCUGUUUUUGCCUCCGCAGUCCUGAUUAAAUAUUUAAUCAUCAUAUCUUUCGCUUGGUUUUCAUUUAAUCUAGGCUACUUCUGCCUCGUUCUGAAUGUGGGUAAGCUUGGUCUGAACAUCUUCCUGGUUCAGUUCCUGUUUGGGAUCUUUGAGAUGCCGGGACAUCUCCUCUGUAUCUGGGGCCUGGAGCUGAUAGGGAGAAAAAAAUCCCUGACGUUAACCCUCCUGGCAGGCAGUGUUAUUUGCCUCUUAACGCUGGCGUUCCCUCAAGACAAUGCUAUUGUCAUCACGGCCCUCUCAACUGUUGGGAAGUUCUUUCUGAACUGGGCCGGUUCAGUGUGUAUGGUCUACAGUCAGGAGCUGUUUCCUACUUCUGUCAGACAAACAGCUGUGGGCUUGGCCUCUAUAGCCUACAGAGCAGGAGGUUUAGUGUCUCCGCUGCUCAACAUGUUGGAUGUGUACCACUGGUCCAUACCUGUCAUAAUCUACAGCAGCCUUUCACUAAUCAGUGGCGCGCUAAGCUUCCUACUUCCUGAGACCAGGAGAACAGAGCUUCCUGAUUCAACUGCUGAGGCCGAGGGCAACAGGAAUAUGACCACCAAGAAGACAGGAAGUGACUCCAACAUGGCCGAACACAACAUCAAAAAAUCCACCAGACUCUAAUUGGAAUACUGUAUUUUUUACCUCCACCAAAGAGGUUACGCUUUUUGUUCGGUUUGUCUGUCAGCAGGGUUACAUGAAAACUACUGGCCUGAUUCUCAUGAAACCUGGAGGAAGGUUGAAGGACCGAAUCAAAGAGAGGAUACACAAAUUAAUUUUCUUUACAUUGCCAGAUAGGGUUUUUGGUCUUGCCGUAAUAAAUGCCAUGCAUCUUAAAAUCCAGAAGACAGUUGUGAAGUUUGAAGUAGUAAUAUGAUGAUCGGAUAGCAACCAUGAUUGUAUCAACGCUGUUUCCUAAAACUAAGGUGUGGCCGUGGAAACGUAAAUACAUACACGUCAUGCAACUGAUUAUAUUCUUACUCACAUCUUAAUUUGCAAUAAACUUCUCUAAAGAUGUUCAGGAAAAAUGUCCCAAUUUUAUGCUUCACAAGAACAAGCAAUAAUAUUGACCAUGAAGUUUGCACUUGUGGCAUGGGCGUAAUCCAGGGGAAGGUACACUGGGGACACCCCUCCUCCACUUCAGACAAAACUAACAUGUUUUAUCUACUGGUAAGCCA